GGCUGACAUAAGCUUAUCAUUUUGACGAAGUGGCUGCUGGUAACAUUUCCAUUGGAUCUAACCUUUUUUUAUGUUUUCCGUGUACAACCUCAGCAAUUCACUUUCAACAGUUCCAUACCUUGGUUGAAAUAAGUUGGUAUCAAAAAAUGACCGCUGGCUUAGAAAAUACCAAUUUAUUUAAACCAAUUACUAUCGGUAAAAAUAAGAUAAAUCAAAGAAUCGUUUUUGCUCCUACAACAAGGUUGCGUGCUGCAGAUGAUCAUACUCCAAGUGACUUGAUGCUACAACACUAUUCUGAUAGAGCACAAACUCCUGGUUCUUUGCUCAUUUCAGAAGCCACCUUAAUAUCGCUUCGUGCUGGCUUAUACCCUAACAUUCCUGGUAUUUGGAAUGACAAACAUGUUCAAGGAUGGAAAAAGAUUACUGAUGCAGUACAUGCUAGAGGGAGUUAUAUGGCGUGUCAGCUUUGGUCAGCAGGAAGAGUUGGAUCUCCAGAACUUUUGAAAAAGCACGGUUUGGACUUGAUUUCUCCCUCUGCUUUAUAUGAAAGCGAAGACUCUAAAAAGGCUGCAGAAACUGCAGGCAAUCCUGUGAGAGCAUUGACUGAAGAGGAAAUCAAGGGCAUUAUUUAUGAAGAUUACAAGAAUGCAGCAAUCAAUGCUAUGGAAGCAGGAUUUGAUUACGUGGAAAUUCAUAGUGCUCAUGGAUACAUGCUUGAUCAAUUCUUACAGCCCGCUACGAAUCAAAGAACAGAUAACUAUGGUGGUUCCAUUGAAAAGCGUGCAAGGAUCGUGCUUGAGAUUAUUGACCUUUUAAGUGACACAAUCGGCGCUGAAAAGCUUGCAAUCAGAUUGUCUCCUUGGGCUAAAUUCCAAGGAAUGAAAGCUGAAGAAGAUACUGUACAUCCUAUUACCACAUUUAGUUAUGUGGUAAAUGAACUUCAAAAGCGCACAAACAACGGCAAGCAGCUUGCUUAUCUUUCCAUUGUGGAACCUAGGGUCAACAAUAAUAUAGAUGUAAACUUUUCUGACAUUGUUGGUUCCAAUGACUUUAUCAAGCAAUUGUGGAAGGGGGCUAUUUUGCAAACUGGUAAUUAUACCUAUGACAGUCCAGAGUUUAAGGGUUUGAAGGCUGAUGUGGAUGGUGACGACCGUACUAUGAUUGCAUUUUCGAGAUAUUUCACGUCGAACCCAGAUUUAAUAGAGAGAUUGAGGAAAGGUCUUAAGCUUACUCCUUACGUUCGUCCUUUGUUUUAUGUUGCUCACAACUAUGGCUAUAAUACAUUUCCAAGCUAUGGCAAAGAAUUGCAGUUUGACCCAGAAACGGAGAAGGAGAGGCGUCCUGUUUCAUUAAUUUGAAUGUUUCAUGACAAUUAUAGACUUAUUUCAUGUGGAAAGGGUAUUUAUUUUCGGUUACGUAUGUUUGUUUCAAUCAACGAUCUGAAUUUCAAUUAAUUGAAUUUUUCUUUCUUCGCAACAAUCAUCCGCUGCCAUCAUACACUUCGUCGAAGACUUUGACAUAGCGCUAAAGAGAAGAUGAUUAGAAAAUAAUGUUCAUGAAGCUACAAUUGAUGCCGCAACAUCAAGCAAUCUAAAAGACAAGCCGAAUUAGCCAACAUAGAUGAUGAAGAGCCUCCUCGUUGGUCUCAAAGAGGCAUGGACCGUUCAGACAGGAGUCUAGGUGAGAUUAAAGUGAAACUCAGCCGGAUCAACAUGAGGUCAACCAGAACAGAUUAUAUACAAGGAAGAACAAUGGGUUUUCAAGUUUCUUCCGUUCCUUCUUCAAACGUAAAUGAUCCAGAUGGAGGUUUACCAACUAAUACCUGUGUGGAGAACGAUAUAGAACAUUUAAUCAGAGAACAAUGCGCAAGAUAUCUUACUGGAUAUGGCAUAUCUUUUGUUUUUAAUGAAACUAUUGGUUAAAGGACAAACUUUGAACGGCCUGAGUUUAAUCCUUUGCUGGUCUGCAGUACCAAUUCUCUGGUUUCGUCUAGUUAGGAAUCGACGCACCCUUGUCGAUUUGGUUAAACUUUACAGUACCAGGGCGAAUGCUACAAUGAUAUGAAAAAAAAGUUACAUGGGUGAUGAUUCACAAAAAUUUAUUCAUUCGCUAUACUGAACUGUGAAAAUCCUGUGAUAUGAUUGUAAUGAGAAAAGUCUGAUUGUAGCUGUCCUUAGAAUGUAAGGGCAUAGCGGUAAACUUUGAAUCAUGAAUUAGAGGGGAGAUUCAAUGUUGUUGCUGUAACAUUAAAGUAUCAGCAUUACUGAUCAUCAAAGUACUACCUUGCAAUAAAUCUUCAACCGACGAGUACUGGAUGAUCAUUAGUCAAAAAACUAUGAUGUCCAAGCGAUUAACAGACUUUUGAAUAUUAUAAAUCUUAGAACCCUAAAUAUUGAUGCUAAAGUCGUUUCUGCAUUUUGAAAACGUUGAAAGGCUUUUAUAGUUCGCUGAUUUCUGCAAAGCUUCAAAGAGUUAUGUUGAAAGUUCACACUUGUGAAAUCACCUAUAAUUAUAUGACGAGAGCACUAUUUCGAGAGUGGUCCGAGUCAAAUUCAUCACCGGCGGCCUCCUGCUCACCUUUGUCGACCGGCAUAGCACAAUGGAUAUGACUCGCCAAGGUCAGAUUAUGCAUCUUUUUUCAAAACCUACCGAAGUGAACCAUUCACUAGCGAAGAAUUGUUAAACGGAGAUCUUUUCGCCAAAACCACAUUCCCUUACUCGGCGACUCCUAUAAACUAGACCGAGCUCGACAUCUGGUUGCGAAUCCAACUGUGUCUCAUUCCAUCUCCGUCGAUACCAAUAGCAACCCCGGCACCACCUUUCCUUUUAAUAUGCACCUGGACUACUUCACGCUCCAUCCCGCCUCACUACCUGCUUUAAAUUCCCUUCUCAUUACUUUAUAGACAACUAUUGUAAUGUUAUUACCUAUUGAGGUUUUAAUCUUUUCAUGGAAUAGUAUUUUAUACCAUCACAGCAAAAAUCUCGUAUUGGAUAACAAUACAUAAUAAUAAAUAAUACGAAAAAUACUAUAAAGCGCUCGGAAGAGUGGUGUAAUUGUUAAUUAAAGUUUGGUCUAUAGGCAUCGUUUAUAGAUAAAUCCUCAAAGUCA